AUGACUCCAGUUACGCGACGACAAAAAUCCAGGUGGGUUAUCGCAAUAUGUGUACAAGUAAAUGUUUCGGUUCCUUGUUGGAACAAUGCUAAUGUUAAAAUGCUAUAUCAUUGGGAAACGCAAGUACAAGAAUG